AUGCAAAGAAACUUUAUUAGAACAUGCAAAGUUUGUGAGUCAACAUUGAAUAUUUGUUUUCAUUAUGGAGUUAUUACAUGUAGGGCUUGUGGGGCUUUUUUCAGGCGUUAUCUUGAAAACGGAAAUAUAUGGCAAUGUAAUUAUAAAUGUUUGCAAAGACAAUUGUUAAAAAAGAAUAAAGACGAAAACUACCAAAUAAAUUGGGCAAAAUGUAAAAAAUGUAGACUUGAAAAAUGUUUUUCUGUUGGAAUGAAAAAAUUGGGUUUGUUAAGAUAUGGGUAA